GUCUCCGAACAGAAUGAGGCCGCAAAUCGGGCUGUCAGACCAAGGCAGAGCGAGCGAAUGAGUAAGGAAGACCGAGACAGAGACCGAAUCUGAGUGGGUUCCGAGUACGUCGAGUCCAUGGCUGUGCAGCAGAGACGCAUUUGCGUUGGAACAAUCGUCAGGGACAGACAGAGGCACUAGUGCAGAAUUGCUGGUGGUAAUUGUCAGUGUAAUAGAAUAGAUGUUGGGGUGGCAACAGAGGCCGAAACGUGCAGACCUCUUACUGCUUCGUUGACUAUUCGUUCAACCAUCCUGCACUCCUCCAGGCUUUCAAGCAAGGUUGAAAGUUUCCGUGUGCGGCAUUAAUUGAAAGUGGCAGGCAGUAGUGGGUGGUUUUGAUUGCAACAAGUAACUAACGCGACGCACGGGUGGUACGUGGCACUCCAUCUCUCUCUCCCCCACUGCCCCACUCGCUCUGACCUUGGCCUGGUUCGAAAGAGGGGCGACGAGAGAGCACAGCAACAGCAGUGGACCCACAUUAGCAUUGGCAACAGCAGCAGUACUUGGCUUAAUUGCAUUUGUCGUCAUCGCACAUGGUCGAGGAGGUCGGCUGCCUGAGACAGACUGGCAGCAGCAUCGGCAUUGUCGUCGCUAUGCCCAGCCCAAGCGCAUCGAAUACAGGAAACGCAGGUGUAGUAGCACCCACCACAGUGGUCACCUCCUCCACUGGUGGCAUUCAUCAUCAGCCGCAUCAACAUCAGCAUCAGCAGCAGCAGCAACAUCAUCAUCAGCAACAGCAGCAGCAGCAUCAACAGCAGCAGCACCAUCAUCCGCAACAGCAACAGCAGCCACAUCAUCAACUUUCCGGAAAUAUGAGCCUGCUGAGUGUCAAGGGCGGACGAUACUUGUGGACGGACCGGGAGCUGUUGAUGCAUCUACAGAACUAUACACCGCUGAUCCUACUAAUCGACUUUGUGGAGAAAACGCGCACCAAGCGAUUCUACGAGAACUCCGAGCGCUACGAGAUACUAAUGCUGGUGUUCAUCAUGCGUAAGGGGGCGCCGUUCUGUGAGAAUAAACGCUUUCCGGGCGAGUACUGGGUGAAUCUGUCGGUGGGGCCCAUUGCCGAGGCUUUUGACCGUUUGCAGGCAGCCAUCGAUAUACCCGAUCCGCAGCUUCCCAUACACAUGAGUGUGACGGAUCUGACCAGCUGGAAGCAGAUGUUCGAUGUGGCCAUGAUGGAUAUCAGGCGGUUUGCCUACUACACGGAUCCCAUGCAGUUGGCCGAUGCCGGAGUCUAUAAUCGAAUCACAUUCGAGCAGCGUUUUGGGAUGCAGUGGCAGGAGUAGGGAGCGGGUAGGGGCUUCCACAUAUAGUAUUUAUAGCCAAUAGAAGAAAGGAUCAAAGGAUUAUUCACACACACCACGUAGUGGUUGGAUUGUUGCGUUAAUAUAUGUAUAUUUAGUCUAUAUAUACGCAGGAUAUGCAUAGUUGAAUUUAUCAGAUCUGUGCCUUCUCCCACUCUAUCAAAGCCACACUUCCUUUCGAUUCUGAAGGAUUAGAAGUUCCUUCGGAAAGCACACACACACACUCUGGUAGUUGUCCAUGUAAUCAAUGCUUUAAUAAACAUAAACGUUACGGUUGCAAUCAA